AUGUCUUUUCCGCAAAGUCUGUCCAUUGGUAAAGGCUGUGAAGACCUUGCCAUAGCGGAGCAUGAGAUUCUUCAUGCUUUGGGCUUUUGGCAUGAGCAGUCCAGACCUGACCGAGACGACUAUGUUGAGAUCGUCUGGGAUAACAUUGUGACAGGAAGCGAAAACAAUUUCCUAAAGCAAACAGCAGAUACAUUAGGUUCUCAAUAUGACUACCGAUCAAUAAUGCAUUACAGUAGCAAUGCCUUUUCCAAUGGAGUUGGACCCACCAUUAAGACGCUGGAUCCACAUUUUCAAGAUGUUAUUGGUCAACGUCAAGAGAUGAGUGAAGUGGAUGUGUGGAAGUUGAACACUUUCUACUACUGCUCUUCCUCUGUGACAUUUUUGGAAGAGUGUAGCUUUGAGACUGGCAGCAGUUGUGUGCAGUCAGCUUGCUCAAGUGGAGAGAGCCAGUGGGAAAAAGUCACAAGUGCUGAGGGAGGUCCAGCUGCUCACCACAGCGUUUCUAGCCAAGGAGGACAUUUUAUGCAUUUCAGCACAAUUAAUGGAAAAGAGGGUGAUGAAGCCAAACUAGAAACCAGGAGGAUGACCCCUCGCAGAGAUUUCCAGUGCCUGGAGUUCUUCUACUAUCACAGUGGCAGCAAUACUGACCUGCUAAACAUCUGGAUCAGAACGUUUGACAGUGAGAAUGACUCUAUUGGGGUUCCCAGACUUGUUGGUCAGAUCACAGGUACACCAGCAGAUUAUUGGCAGCUUCACCACAUACAACUGAAAAGCACAAAGACUUUCCAAAUUGAAUUUCAAGCGAAAAAGGGACAAGGACUGUCCAGUGGAGGUUUCUCACUGGACGAUAUCAACCUCUCAGAGACUAGAAUGGAGUGA